GGGGGAGGUCGGGGGCCGGGUUCCUGGGGGGUGGGGGCUGGGGGCCGGGAUUCAGGGGCACGGGGACACCGCCGGGGCUGCCCUCCGCCCGGGCCUCGGUUUCCCCAGCCACUCUGCAAGACGACCUGGGGCGGCUGCAUGGAGUAGGCCGGGGCCCCGAUGCCCCCAACUCGGCCCCUUGGGACGGUUGGCAUCGGUGGCUGCGGUUUCUUUGCGCAACCCAGCAGCCUGACUUUCCUGCUGCCUGGCAUCGGGGAGAGGGCGCACUGAGGGGCCCUUAGCGAGGAGGGCAGGCACUCCCUUUAGGGUGCUUGCUAGCUGUUAGUGGGUCGGGGGCAUGGUGAGGGCUGGGGAACUCCGUUUCCCCCCCCCCCCUCCCCCGGUCCAGGAUAGGUAUCUGGCUCUGGGGUACCCAGAGGUGCCCUCAUGCAGACCUGCCACACUCUCAGCCAGGCGGGAUUGGAGCGGCCCCCACCAUGGGCUGGGGAGCAGGAGGGAGCUGCACCCCGCGCCCACCCAUCCGCCAACAGCCCUUGUCAGAGCCCCGUGUGAUCACCGUGGUCUUCCUCGGCCUCCUGCUGGAUCUCCUGGCCUUCACUCUGCUGUUGCCUCUGCUGCCAGGGCUGCUGGAGAGCCAUGGCCGUGCCCACGUGAGCCCUCCCCCAUGUCUGGAGGCCCCCCGACUCCCACGAUGGCUGCCCAUUGCCCCAAAGCCCAUCAGGGACUCCCCCAACCCCUGUCACACUUCCUUGCUCCCCAGGAUCCCCUCUAUGGCUCCUGGCAACGAGGCGUGGACUGGUUUGCCACAGCCAUCAGGAUGCCAGCGGAGAAGAGGUACAACAGUGUCCUGUUUGGAGGUCUGAUAGGCUCAGUCUUCUCCUUCCUGCAGUUCCUCUUGGCACCAGUCACGGGGGCGGUCUCAGACUGUCUCGGGAGGCGCCCGGUGAUGCUGCUGUCCCUGGCAGGUCUGGCCACCUCGUAUGCCGUGUGGGCGGCCUCAAAGAGCUUCGCCGCCUUCCUGGCCUCCAGGGUGAUUGGGGGCAUCAGCAAGGGAAACGUCAGCCUCUCCACAGCCAUCGUAGCCGACCUGGGCUCACCGUCCGCCCGCAGCCGAGGCAUGGCAGUCAUUGGAGUGGCCUUCUCGCUGGCCUUCACGCUGGGCCCCAUGCUUGGCGCCUUCCUGCCAGCGGAGAUGGUGCCCUGGCUCGCUUUGCUCUUUGCUGCCUCCGACCUGUUGUUUAUUUUCUGCUUCCUGCCGGAGACGCUGCCUGCGGAGAAGCGGGCAUCCUCUAUCGGCCCGGGGUUCCAGGCCGCGGCAGACCUGCUCAGCCCCGUGGCCCUGCUCCGUUUCUCGGCCGUGGCCCGUGGCCAGGACCCACCCGCCGGAGACGGGAUCCGUCACCUUCGCCGCCUGGGUCUGGUGUACUUCCUCUACCUCUUCCUGUUCUCGGGUCUCGAGUUCACCCUGAGCUUCCUCGCUCAUCAGCGCUUCCAGUUCAGCAGCCUCCAGCAAGGAAAGAUGUUUUUCUUCAUCGGCCUCACCAUGGCCACCGUGCAGGGCGCCUACGCCCGGAAGAUCAGCCCUGGCAGCGAGAUUGCAGCGGUGAAGCGGGCCAUCUUGCUGCUGGUGCCUGCCUUCCUCCUCAUUGGCUGGGGGCUCACGCUGCCCGCGCUGGGCCUGGGGCUGCUGCUCUACUCCUUCGCCGCUGCCGUCGUGGUGCCCUGCUUGUCCUCCGUGGUCGCUGACUAUGGCUUGCCCAGGCAGAAGGGCACGAUCAUGGGCACACUUCGGAGCCUGGGCGCCCUGGCCAGGGCAGUGGGACCCAUGGUGGCCGCCUCAGUGUACUGGCUGGCCGGGGCCAGGGUCUGCUUCACGGUGUGCUCAGGCCUCUUCCUGCUCCCUUUCCUGCUCCUGCGCAACCUGAGGCCUCCAGCCCGCGUGGCACCCAAGGCCGAGUAGUGGAGCUAGCCCCGCCCCAAGCUGGGGGGGUGGGGGAGGGAGGGAACGGGACCUCUCGCCUCCCCCUGGGGCCCAGCCCUGGCCCCUGCUAGACACUCCAGCAGCUCCGUGGUACGCGCCUGGGCAGUCCUGCCCGUCGUGCUGGGAGCAGGGACUCCCCAACACCUUUCAGGUUUUGUGUUCACUUUUCUCUCAGACACACGGUGUCAGCCAAGCCUCCAAAUGACAAAAUAAAGCAGCUAUUUUAUACCAAG